AUGAUGAGGAGGACUCGCUCCAUGAUCAACAACACUUUCGGCCGUAUGUCGCUUAGGGUACCGGUCAUCUCUCCCCGGUCGGUUGUGCCGGAGACGGAGACCGAGACGGAUGCCACCUGCAUGCCUCCUUCCCCCGCCGCUGCCCCGCCCUCGCCAGCGACGGCUUCCCCUCCGGGAGAGGUUUCUCCGGAGAUUCCGUGCCGAGAACAGCGUCUGUUGGGGACUGUAGGGGGCGGGGAGGCCGCAGGGUGCUGUGCUUUGCACAUGGGCGGUGGCGACAAGGAAUAUGAUGACGACGACGAGAGCUCAGCGUUGCUGAGGCAGCCGCCGAUGGGGUCAAGCAUGACGUCGUCCUCGGCGUUUUUCCCGCCUGACACUGCGAGCGAUGACGACCAAGCGCAAGGCGAUUGCGAUGGUGAUGGCGAUGGGUGGGUAGAUGCAAGGGACAGGAGGACGGAGGCGUCAGAGAAGGGAAAUAAGCAUGACCUAGCGGGCGUGCGCGCCGCGGGCGGGGCGGGAACGGGAGCAGAGCUCCUUACGGCAACGGUUAGCGCUCGACAGGACACGUUUAGCGAGCAGUCCGGUGGGGAGGUGCCCCGCCUGGACCGAGAAGAGGAGGAGGAGGAGAUCGUGGCUCUCUCUAGCUACCUGGCCUGUGCGAGGGGUCGAGGGUGGCCAUGGUCCGGCAAGGACAUCCUCUGGGCCGAGUACGUGUCGCUCAACGGUCACCACAGGUGGGUCCGAGCGGAGCACUGUCGCCAUGCGCUCCUCCUCGUCCGCGGUUGGCUGUAUCUCCUAGAGCUGCCCACAGAAGCGGUCACUCGGCACCGGACGAAAGGCCUCACUACCAGCGCCAGGGGAAGCUGGUACGUUGGGCUGAACGCCUGUGACCUCAGCCACCUCUCUGUGCCCCUCGCGCCCACCGAGCCGUGGGGAGCAUGCGGGGCAAGAAGCGACUUGGAGGCCCCCAGCUGCGGCCUGAUCCUUCACAAGCGGGGUGUGCUUGGCGCGCUGGCUUGGGUGGAGUGCCGCAGCGCAGCCAGCCGUGACGCCCUUGUUGACCAGGUUAGCGCCUGGGCGAGGGCCGCCGGAACGAAAGGCACCGCUAGCAGGUCUUUCCGGGUGGAGCCGCGUUCGUCGGCACACCUGUCGGCUGGGUUUGGUGGAGAGCGCCGGGGGAGGAAAGUGGCUAGCUUGACGGACGAGAGGCAGGCGUGUCCAUUGUGCUUGGCCAUGGAAGGAGACCGAUGGAUUGCUGCAUGA